GGCGCCCGCCUGUGCCGGUCGGCCGCGGGGACACUGGCGGCGGGCCUCGGGGCGGGAGCGGAGGACGGCGCGGCCGGCCUGGGGCCGCGGGAAAGCCGUGCCCCGUGCAGCCCGCCGUCGUGCCGGCCGGCAGCGACUCCACGCUCGAGGAUCCGCCCGGAAAGUAGGGGCGCUCGCCGGCGCGAGGCCCGGGAUGGCCAGAGAGUCGAAGGCCAGCGCGGCCUUGGACGCCCACUCUGCGGAGGAGCGGCCGCGGCUCCUGCCUGGGGUCCUGACCGUGAAGGUGGAGGAGGAGGACGCGCCCGCGCCCGCGGCAGAGGCGGGUGCGCCCGGCGGCAGCCCGGCCCCCGGCCCCGAGCGCUCGCGCCGGCGCUUCCGGGGCUUCCGCUACCCCGAGGCCGACGGGCCCCGCGAGGCGCUGAGCCGGCUCCGGGAGCUGUGCCGUCAGUGGCUGCGGCCCGAGACGCACAGCAAGGAGCAGAUCGUGGAGCUGCUGGUGCUGGAGCAGUUCCUGACCAUCCUGCCCGAGGAGCUGCAGGCCCGGGUGCGGGAGCAGCACCCCGAGACCGGGGAGCAGGCGGUGGUGCUCCUAGAGUAUUUGCAGAGGCAGCUGGAGGAGCCAGGGCCGCAGGUCCCAGGUGGUGACCAGAGGCAGCUACUCUGUUGCAAGAUGGCGGUGUUGACGCCAGCUCAGAGGCCAUGGAGUACCCAGUUGCAGCCAGUGAAGCCUCUGCUCAAGCACGAAUCUCUGGGAUCCCAGGCCUCCGCAGAUAGAGUUCUCCAGGUUCCUGGGCUGGCCCCGGGAGGGCGCUGCCGACGAGACGCAGUGGUGGCUGCCAGGCUGCCCUCCGAGGCCCAGGGCUUGCUGAAAACAGAAGAUGUGGCCCUGGCUUUCUCCCCUGCAUGGACACAGCUGGAUUCACCUCGGGGGAGCUUCCACAGAGAUGAAAGGCAGGAGAACUGUGGCGGCCUGACCCCCCUGGGUGGUAACAUGCAGGCUGAGAUCACGGACCUGCCCCCAGAUGAGCAACAUCCAAGACAAGAGCCUGGGGAAGUACCGUGCCACUUGCGUGAAGACAUUGCCCAGAUUCCUGCCUGUCUAGAAGCUGGCGAACAGGAGGGCAGGUUACCAAGAAAGCAGAAAAAUGCCACAGGAAGUAGGCGGCACUAUUGUCACGAAUGUGGAAAGAGUUUUGCUCAGAGUUCGGGCCUGACUAAACACAGGAGAAUCCACACUGGUGAGAAACCCUAUGAAUGUGAGGACUGUGGCAAGACCUUCAUCGGGAGCUCUGCCCUUGUCAUCCAUCAGAGAGUCCACACUGGGGAGAAGCCCUAUGAGUGUGAAGAAUGUGGCAAGGUCUUCAGUCACAGCUCAAACCUUAUCAAACACCAGAGAACCCACACUGGGGAGAAGCCCUAUGAGUGUGAGGACUGUGGGAAGACCUUCAGCCAGAGCUGCAGCCUCCUAGAACAUCACAAAAUCCACACGGGGGAGAAACCCUACCAGUGCAGCAUGUGUGGUAAAGCUUUCAGGCGGAAUUCACACCUCCUGAGACACCAGAGGAUCCAUGGCGAUAGAAAUGUGCAGGAUCCCGAACAUGGAGAGAUCUGGGAGAGCCAGGGGAGGGCGGAAGGCCAGUGGGAAAACGUCGAGGCUCCCGUGUCUUACAAAUGUAACGAGUGUGAGAGAAGUUUCACUCGGAACAGAAGCCUUAUCGAACACCAAAAAAUCCACACUGGUGAGAAACCCUAUCAGUGCGAAACCUGUGGAAAAGGCUUCACUCGAACUUCAUACCUUGUUCAACAUCAGAGAAGCCACGUCGGAAAAAAAGUCCUAUCGCAGUGACCCACGUCCUAUGUGGCAGAGUUCGUGCUCAUUCCUCAUUGAACCGAAGCCACCCGCAGCCCUUCCUGACCACAGAAACUGGGCUGGGCUUUACUGACCAUUCCCGUCACCUUGUGUUAGAAGACACAGAGUCUGGCUGAGAUGGAUUCUCUUCUACAUUCUAGAGGGUGGCUGAGGAACAGCUUAUUUGAUAGGAGGUUACAGGAGAGUUGUCUGGAAGGGGUAGGACCUGAAAUGUUUAUUCUCACCUACUGGACUGAAACGGGCUUCCAGACUGGCUCACCACCUCCAGCCAGCACUUUAUGAUGUCUCGUGGGCAGAAGGCUGGGGGCUGCUGCUCUGACCAUUUUGCCUAUAAAGAAUCCUCCAUCAGUUGGUCAGAUCCAUGACAUCUUACACUCCCCACUGUGCCUUUCAUAUAGGUGCUUAUAAACAUUAAAUAUACCAGUGAAGUGACCUCCAUAGCUCUGAAAAUCUAGUGUGGUCUAGAUUUCUGAGGCCUUUCUAACUAAGGCCACUUGUUUUUGUGUAUAAUUCUUGGAGAUUGUGGGUCAGUUGUGUACUUAUUGCCACGUACAUAAGAUCGUCAGAGUUGGGGUGGGGGAAUCCGUAUUUCUUCAUCAGCAUAGUACUUGUAGAAGAAUGCCUUAAGCCGCUGGUCAUUCAGAUGUGGUGAGACCUCUCCAUCCAGAGAACUCCAUUCUUCAAUGUUAAUUAUAUAUUUGUUCACAUUAAUUUUGCUACUUUUUAGUGGGAAACCUUUCACAUUCAGGUAAAUAAAAAGUGAAUUGAUCAAGUCAGA